ACUGUCGAACGCCGUUGACCUUUCACUCUGUGACGUCAUAAUAAUACCGGGACAACGAAACUUGCAAGAAGUAUAUUUCAGGGGCAUGGACACUUUGCUGAACCUCAGUGACAACGAAAUCGAGAACAUCAGUCUCGACGACGAACUAGUAUUGUUCGACCGCAUAAAGAAGUACUACUCCCCCACCUGUGACCUCCGUGUCUCCUAUCUCCUCGGGGAGGCCGUCGUAGCAUCGUCGUACGACUGGGUUGGGCUGUACCGGCCGGGGUGGGCAUCAACUAGCGCCUACCUCAGCUACCAAUGGGCACCGGUACAAGCUGUCAGUGCGCAUGCUCCGAGAAGACGCCGGGUUGUUGUACCCCGGUCGUCAUGGUCAAAUUACCAAAAUGAAGACAAGUUGCAGCUCCUCUACGUCUCCGCCAGUGGGGACGUCAUCGGCGUCAGCUGCUCAUUUCGUAUCGGUGAACCCGAGGAACCCGAUCUCAACUUUAACGUCCUGGAGCGCCCCCAAGAUACAGCGUCUUCCGUGUCGGUGGUGGAGUCCUUCAGCAACAACUUUGUAGACUUGGAAACCAUCAGCUUACUGAGUGAGUCGGACUCGGGAAACAGCUCCCCUUCUGACCUAGAUGUGGACGUGGACCCACCAGUGAACGUGGCGUGGGACUGCAGCACCUUGUCCGGAGACUUCACUGGAAAGAGUUGGUUGGAAGAACUAGAACUACUGCCUGACAACACCAUUGUUAAGGAGUACGAACCCGUCAAGGAUCGCUGCUUGGUACCUUACAUGCCGGUUCUUCUGAAAGACUUCUCUGGAACUCCUAAAACGUACCAACCCAUAACCGACGUUAAAGAUCGGCGAUCGUAUUCCAUCUUUUUCGACGAAGAUGCAGACGAGGAGGGGAUGUCCCUUCUCUUCAAGAAGGAUGGUUUAAACACACCAGAUGAAGCCAAAAAGGUUCCUCUUCCCAAGACAGCAGUGUCUGAGUAUCUUCCCAUAGAGUGUGCUAUAAAGAAGCUGUAUGAGGAGAUUUCACCACAACAUCCUCAGGACAAGGGGUCAUCCAUCGCCUUGGAAGAAGAAUGUAUUCCAUUGCUGUCCGACGAUGACCUUACGUUGUCAGAUGUCCCUCUAGAUUCCACUAAGUCACCGACUGAAGUUGAGGUUGAUGGUUGCCCGCCUACCUUGUUUUCCGACGAGGAUGCCUUUGACAAAGUCAUGCCACUCUACAGUGUUGACGAAGGCAGAACUGCCGUAGCAGUAUUCAGUACAGAGAAGAAGAAGAGGGCAAAGCAAGAGAAGAUAAGAAAAGCUAUAGAGAUCCUCCACGGCCUCAUCAGGCUUAUUCCCUCCACCUCCCUGCCACGACCUCUCGGCUGCGCUCCUGACUGCGCCGGGUGUGUUGUGAGUCAGGGGAUCCUGAGUCAUUACCACCAGCGCUUCCUGGCAGCAGAGGAGGACGUGCAGAAACUCAAGGAAGAGGUGCAGGCUCUCCAGAAGAGCUUGGAUGCAAAGGAUGCAGCGAUUAUCAGCGCGAAGGACCACCCCAGCCCCAUCCUAAUGAGUUCCUUGUCCAAUGUGAUGGGCAUGGUGAGAUAUGUCCAGAGGACAAACGAAACAAACGCACUCCUGGACCAGGCCCUCACGGUCACCCUGGCCGAGAAACACCAGCUGGAGAAAGGUCAGAUUACAUCAUCCCCAGAGAGUGCAUCCGAAAAAGGUCAGCAGACGGAGGUGAAGGUCGUCAGAGAUGAGUCCACAGAAUGCCUCACCUCGCCACAGGGUGUCGUUACCACAGAUACGUGCCACUUUGAGGAUGAAGAGCAGGACGGAUGGAACCGGAAGAAUUCAAGGAAAAUCGAUCGUUUGAAGAGGACAAUUGUCCACAAGGAGGAGGACCUGGAGACAAUGCAGGACAAGUUGUCAGGGCAGCAGGUCCAGAUAAUCAUGUUCCAGGACACCAUCAAGGAACUCAGGAAGAACGUCAGGGAGGAGAGAAGACUAGCUAAAACAGCCCGCCAGGAGGUGCUCGCGCUCCGACGUCAAGUCAGUGCUAUGACGUCCAGUCGUAAGCGGUUAGCAUGGGGAGGUCACGUCACCAGCAAGGACGUCGGCGUGUCCAUGAAACCUCAAACCGCCACGGUGGGGACUGAGUCACGUUACCCAAGACGUCACACGUUCGGAGCUCAGGUUUACCCGAAGCCACGGUUCAUGUCUGGAGUCUCAGCCUUCUUCCCAGAGCGCAAGGCAUUUAGAGAAGACAUGAAUAUGCAAAUUAGGACAGGGAAAUGCCGAACAUGUGGGAUGCGCUUCUCGCCCACUGUGGACAGGAGGCUGAUCGAGGAACACAUCACAUUCCACCUUCAGUUCCACAUGUAGUUAAACUGAUGGCUCUGCCAACAACUUCAUCUCUCAAAUCUGAUUGUCUCGGACCGUCCAUGGAUCAUGCAUUAUAAAUUGGCGACACCGUUUUGUUAUUUAGUUGCUAUUGCGCCAUUUUCAUGUCAUUUUUUUUUUAUGUUGAAAGGGGUGGCUGUUACAUUUUGUUAUGUCUAUUUGGAACACGGGUUGAACUGUUCUGUUGUACAGUUGUAACAUUUCUUAUGUAAUUUUAUACCAUAUUUGGGAGUGUUCGUGAAUUUCGAUACGCAUAUUUUAGUUAUAUUUUACAAUCUCUGUUAUUUUGUAUUCGUUGUAUUUUAGUGUCAUUUAAACGUCUUAUACCUUUUUUGGAGAUUGUAUAGAUAAAUAUAUGAAUAUU